GGAAUGGGACUAACAGGCUUUGGAGUGUUCUUCCUUUUCUUUGGAAUGAUACUCUUCUUUGACAAAGCUCUUUUGGCUAUUGGAAAUGUUUUAUUUGUGGCUGGCUUGUCUUUUGUAAUCGGUUUAGAAAGAACAUUUAGAUUCUUUUUUCAAAAACACAAAAUGAAAGCGACGGGCUUUUUCCUGGGUGGCGUGCUCAUAGUUCUCAUUGGUUGGCCUUUAAUAGGAAUGAUCCUUGAAAUUUAUGGGUUCUUCCUAUUAUUCAGGGGGUUCUUUCCUGUGGUUGUUGGCUUUAUUAGAAGAGUUCCAGUUCUUGGAUAUCUCUUGAAUUUACCUGGUAUAAGCUCGCUUGUAGAUAAAGUUGGAGAAAGCAACAACAUGGUAUAAUGCAAGAGGGCAGAAGACUGAUUCUAAACUUACUGUAUUAUUUAUAAAGUCCUUUUGAAGAAUACUCAGCACAAAGAUUAAGUUGUGUACAAAGGAAAAGCUUGUUACAUUCUUUACAUAACAGUUUAAUUUAAAAUGUAUAGUCAACAAUAUACAUUAGGAAAGAAGCUCAGCAAGUACGCUUCUAGGAAAGUAACUCCAGAGUUCAGGAAGUAAACUGAAGAGGUGAAAGUCAUGGAAUAACCCAUGUUACAACUGUUCAAGACUAUUUUUGUUGGUUUUGAAAAACACGCUAGAGGUGGUGAACCCUUGUGGAAUUAACGGUGCCUGUACUUUACGUCCUUAUUUUGAAGGUGCAGUAGAGCAAACAGGCCUACAUUUUUAGGGGUGACCCAAAUUUAUCCAGCUCUCUGCUUGCUAUCCUCAGAGUGGAGGGGGGCAAAAAAAAAAACCCCCACAACGAGAAAAAAAAAACACUCAAAACAACCCAAACAGAAAACUUCUUGUGUAACAAGAGAUGGGUCUUUGCAUGAAGGUUAAGAUGGCUGUUCAUCUUCAAGUGUAUUACGACAAAAAAAAGAGACCCUACAUGGUUCUGUUGUAAACAUUUUUGUAAAUACAUGGCUGAAAUAAAACAUUGUUAUCUUAAUGUUUCAAAGCCAAAUGUAAGUUGAUUGUAUUUGCCUUCCGUUUCGGAAUAUGCAAAAGGUCA